GUAAUUUCCUUCCGCGUGUGCAUGCUGCAUGCAUAACCAAAAUCCCUCGACCUGUUAUAAGAUCACGGUUUGUGUAGGAACCUCUAGACCCUAGUUUCUCUUCCACAGAGAUCUCUGCGAGUACCGAUCGUCGAUAAAAGAAUCGGCCUCUAGCCCGGGACCCAGCGUGCACACGCAGACUAGACAGCAUCCAGCUAGCCCGGUUCCACAUACCGACCAGCUAGCUGCCGAGGCUUAGGGAGCAAGAGACGGAGAGAGAGGGAGCUGCAAGCAACAACCAGACAGUGACAUGAGUACCACCUUCGACGCGACUGUUCCAGAAGGGUUGACUGAGCUCCUGGAAGAGUUUGCCAUCUCGGUGCUCAAGGAAAGACCCAAGGACCUGGUCCAGUUUGCGGCGCACUACUUCCAGAACCUCCACAUGUCCCGACAGCAGACAGGGGGAGGAGGCGGCAGCGAGCAGCCCGUUAGGAUGGACGUUGAAAACGAGAGCGAUGAGGAAGAUUUGGAGCCGCCCCUGUCGUAUCACGAGGCAUUGACGUCUCGCCGGAAGUCAGUGUUUGGAGAGUCCUACGAACCAGACGACGAGGAACUGCCGGAGAAGCUGGUCCAUCCCAAGUCAGACUCCCAACGAAGAAGACUAAUAGAAUCAGUCAAGAAGAUAUUCCUCUUCAAAUCUUUAGACACUGAGCAGACAAAUGAAGUUCUAGAUGCAAUGUUUGAGAAAAAGGUGAACCGGAAUGACAAGGUCAUCGUCCAGGGCGACGACGGGGACAACUUCUAUGUUGUGGACAGUGGUACAUUUGAUGUGUUUGUCACAAGAGGCAGUGAGGAACCAAAACUGGUGUUCAAUUAUAACAGUGAGGGAAGUUUUGGAGAGCUAGCACUCAUGUACAACACACCAAGGGCUGCGACUGUAGUAGCGACUUCGACCGGAGUACUUUGGGCUCUGGAUCGGACAACCUUCAGGAGAAUUAUCUGCGGAGCAGCGUCAAGAAAGAGGGAAAUGUACCAGAGCUUCCUAGAAUCCGUUCCAAUGCUCAAGACCCUUGAGCCAUAUGAGCUGCUCAACUUGGCAGACGCUCUGGAGAAGAAGCAGUUUGGUGAUGGACAGUGCAUCAUCAAACAGGGUGACCAGGCCUCGUCUUUCUAUAUAGUGGAGAGUGGAACAGUAAAAAUCUUCAAAGAAGAUCCAAACAACCCUGGCUCUCAGGCUGAGCUCAAUACCUGCACUACUGGCCAAUACUUUGGAGGUAUACAUACAUACAAUGACACUGUUAUACUUUAUCUUUGUAUUGUGACGUUGCAUCUGGUCUUAUGAUGCUCUAUGAUGCUGUGUGACGCUUCUAGGUAUGUAUGUACACAUGGAAACCAAUGCGAGCGAGUGGACAAAUAUAAAUUUUUACAUUGUGACUCUUUAUGAUGCUCUGUGAUGCUUUAUGAUGCUCUGUGAUGCUUUAUGAUGCUCUGUGAUGCUUUAUGAUGCUCUGUGAUGCUUUUGUGAUGAGUUUUGGUGGUGCAUGCUUAUAUACCACGUAAGGAACGCUGUCGUAUGUAUGUCGGUGUGGUGGGGUUGUGAGUGUGGGUGUGAUGAGAGUUCCCAUGUUCACUCAGAGUUGGCUCUCAUCACUAACAAGCCACGAGCUGCCUCUGUGUAUGCUGUUGGACCCGUGACAUGUGCCGCAUUAGAUGUCGGUGUGUUUGAGCGUCUGCUGGGGCCCUGUAUGGACGUCAUGAAGAGAAAUUUCGAACACUACGAGGAGCAGCUGAUGCAACUGUUUGGAACAACGUUGGACAUUACCGACACCCGAUAGUUUCCUUCCGUCAUCACUCAGCAGAUUGCACACUAUAUACUAAUAUAUAGCCUCCACUAUUUUAUAUAUACCAAUUGCAUACCAAUUUGCUCUGUAUCAUGCUCAUUCAAUUGUAAUGUAUAGAUCAUUAUCUUUAUCAAUUUAAAGUCUUACUUGUGACGGAUUAAUAAUAUAAGGAGCUGCAAUACAAACGAACUGUAUGUAGGGUGCUCAACUCUACAUACGUACAUUAAAUAUAGCUAACUAUAAGAUGA